GGUACUGUGACCGAGGCAGUCAUAGUCAAGGACACCAACACGCAGCGUAGCCGAGGCUUCGGCUUUGUCACGUUCGCCGACCCCGUCACGGUGAGCAACAUCUUCAAGGUCCCCGUACAUGCCAUUGACGGCAAGAAAGUCGACCCCAAGUUCGCAAAAAUUAAAACUCAAGCCCCGAAACGGGCCUCACCAACCGGAUUGUCCGAGAGGAGUAAUAAAAUUUUCAUCGGCGGCGUCAGCCAGGAAACUAGCAAGGAAGAAGUCGAAGGCUACUUCAUGCAAUUCGGCAGAGUUACAGAAACUGUGCUCUUGAUGGACCAUCAGACCAAAAGGCACAGAGGUUUCGGUUUCGUGACCUUCGACAACGACGAUGUUGUAGACCGCGUGUGUGAUCACUUCCACACGAUCAAGAAUAAAAAAGUCGAGUGCAAAAAGGCUAUGAAAAAAGAAAAUUUAUCUCCCGUGCCUCAGCCAAUAACGAAACAAGUACAAGAUAUCAAGCUAGCACAUGCUGCAGCACCAUUGAUGUGGGCCCCACCGGGAAUCAGUCCUAUGGCUCUGAUGGGAGCUACGCACAUGCAAGCCUUGGUCGGAGCCCCAUACGGUGCUAUGCCCCCAUCUUUAUCAAGUCUCCGAUAUGCCCCAUACGCUUUACCCGCCAGCCCUAAUGUUGGUGCCAGUGCACCCCCGACACAGGAUCCUUAUCACGGUUUCAAUUUGGCGGGAGUGAAUAUGUCCAGUUUCCAAGGAGUAGACUGGGGAGCUAUGCAAGGGUUGCCAAUGUACGUCCCCGCGCCUUAAACUUACUUCAGGUACAAUAACGGUAGAAACUCAUCGGCGACUUUUGUCGUAAUUAUUAAUAUUAUUUAUAUAAAUGAUGUACUGAGAUAAAUGACGAAAAUCGCCAAUGAGUUUUUAACUGAAUGCAUUACUCAUUCCAUAGUAUGCUUAUUAUUAUCACAAACACGUAAACAUGAGUAUAUUUUUUACUAAUAACCGAAAAUGUAUAUAAUAACAUUGGACAUGUACAUAUUUAAACCUUUCACGUCAUUU